AUGUUGAGCCCUCAAAUUCUUUUCAAGUAUAAGAAAAAGCCCAGAGCUGAUGGGGCAGCUAGAGUAGGGACCCCUGCUGCUGCUAAUUCUGGAUCACAGUUUUGUGCUGGUUGUGGAAAAUGCUAUCAGGGCGAGUGUUGGAAAAAGAUGGGUGCAUAUCUGAGAUGCAGAUCUUUGGAGCACCAUCGGGGUGGUCAGCAGCCACUGAGAGGUGGAAGUCAGGCCAGGGGUGGAAAUGGAAUGGGUCAUAGUCGUGGAGCACCAGGCAGAGGUACUGGUCAUACUGAGGCGAGGCAGUCGGUACUGGUUUACUUCGCACAUCGUGGAGAGGACGGAGAUGCUCCAGAUGUCAUUUCUGGUACAUUCUUUAUCUAUAAUGUACCUUAUAUGGUACUGAUUGAUGUUGAGUCUACACAUUCAUACGUAGCAUGCUCUGCGUAUAAGAUAUUGGGUAUUAUCGUUGAACACACUAUGAGUGAGGUUACUGUUCCAAGUCUGCUAAGGCAGUCCAUUUGGAUAAAUAAGAUGUUUAGAGAUGUUCUCUUGGAGAUAAAAGGAGUUAUUUUUUUGGCCGAUCUUAUGGAGUUUCCUUUCGGAGAAUUUGACCUAAUACUGGGCAUGGAUUGGUUAGAGAAACAUCGGGUAAGCUUGGAUUGUGCCACUAAAUGGGUUGUACUGAGAACUGAGGCAGAUGAAGAGGUAGUGGUAAUUGGGGAACGACAAAACUAUUUGAAUGUUGGAGACUCUUCGGUAAGGGAUAUCAGGACUAUUACAGAUUUUCCAAAUGUCUUUCUUGAAGAGUUACCGGGGUUACCUCCAGAGCGUGAAGUGGAGUUUGGGAUUGAGCUCCUUCCUGGUACAGCUCUAGUGUCCAUCACCCCUUACAGAAUGGCACCGAAGGAGCUGGUGGAGCUUAAAGUCCAAAUUCAAGAGUUAUUAGACCGUGGUUUUAUCCAAACUAGUGUGUCUAUGUAG